UUAAAAAGCGAAUUUCUUAUUAACGGAUCGAUUUUUCAUGCUUCAUAUUUCUUCAGGAACGAGGCUCCCGGAUAGCUCAGUUUUUCCUCAAACCCGAAAAUUUUUUAAACCGUCACUACAAUGUCAAUUCUGCCCAGCACACUCAGUGCCCAGGGGUGGGCUGAGUGGUGCAAUGGACAGUGGCGGCCAAUACUGUCACAAGCCCACCUAGUGGGUCUACCAACCAACAGAGUGCUGUGGUCCCGAGCUGCAGAGUAUAUGCCAGCAGACUUGUCCGCUGAAGAGCAAGAAGCGAUGGGAAGUCUUUGUUUACUGAGCACUGUGCUGCAUCCUUUGGCUCUGCGAUACCCACGGGAUCCAUCAGUGGACCUUCAGACUCUGCAGUGGCUGCUGGACAUCUUCCUCUCAAGACAAUGGAAGUGCAGAAGGUUAAAUGAUUGCUUCGAAGCAUGCCGGCGACUAAAAGAAAUGAAAGAUGACAAAGAAUCAGAGCUUGUGUACAAAAGCUACGUCUUAAAUGCGUCCAGGCUUCAGGAUUAUGAGAUCAAUGAAUGGAUUAGAAAUACUCAAAUAAAAAAUCAAUUCAGUAAUGGUUUGGUGGAAGAAAGAAGUCUAAUUGCAACAGAGUAUUUAAGCUGUGACGGCCCUGCUGAUCCGACUCAUUUAAAUUUCAAACUCAAUCUUGAAAUCGUGUCAGCUGCUCGAAAGCCUAACCAACAGCAUACAUUGCUGGAAUGUUCAAGAGAAGAACGACUGCAUCAUAUAAGCACUCAGGAACUAAAUUUUAAUGCAGCAGAACAAAUGGUUCUUAACCAAAGAAACAUAACGAAUGUUUACUCCAAUAUUAGAAACGAUAUAUUAUUCAAAUAUUUGUCUUCCAAUGUCGACAUCUUAACAGGGACACAGGCAACUACGGAUCAUCUUAUUACAAGUGCAUUCAUUUCAAACGAGCACAGCUACGAAACGCAGCAGGAAUCUGUCAUCUUGGAUGAUUGGAGCCACGAGACGCUGCAGGAAGCCGGCAUUGCAAACGAGCGCAGCCAUGUGACGCUGCUGGAGGCUGGCCGGGGCAUAACCCGAGGAACGACGGGUCUGACCAGCUGGGGAGGGGCGGCGGUCAUGGCUGAAUGGGUGGACAACAAUCCACAGGUGGUGCGAGGGAAGCGGAUUCUGGAAAUCGGUGCAGGCGUUGGAUAUCUGGCGGCUUCAAUUAUCAAAAGAUUUCCCCGACAUAAUUCAAUUUGUGCUGAUAAACAAAUGCCCAUCAGCACAAAUCAAAGCAAAGAAGUAUACCGAAAACAAACAAUAACUAUUGAUGAUGACCACGAAUCAAAUCUCGAGUUUACAGAUAUACCAGAAACGUUAAUUUCAUCAAAAUACAUGGCACACAAAAGAGGUUCCAAGCCUAAAUCAAACAUCCGCGACUCGGACAACAAAAAUAGCGGAUACAAAAUUAGAAAUGAAACUGGAAACCACGCGAGCGAAUUAGUAAUUACCAGCAACCUCGACUCGAAAAUCAAAGCAAUGGACUUCCAAAGUACUAUAGACGAGAGAUCUCAAGUUCAAAAUGUAGUUCCUGAAUUUCCAAAAGAAAAUAAAGAAUACGACGACAAUUGCGGGAUCAUCGCGUACACGGCGACCGAUUGUCACCCACACGUGCUGGACCUGCUCCUCCAUAACCUCGUCUUGACCGACGAACGAUUUGUGGUGCGAGGGAAGCGGAUUCUGGAAAUCGGUGCAGGCGUUGGAUAUCUGGCGGCUUCAAUUAUCAAAAGAUUUCCCCGACAUAAUUCAAUUUGUGCUGAUAAACAAAUGCCCAUCAGCACAAAUCAAAGCAAAGAAGUAUACCGAAAACAAACAAUAACUAUUGAUGAUGACCACGAAUCAAAUCUCGAGUUUACAGAUAUACCAGAAACGUUAAUUUCAUCAAAAUACAUGGCACACAAAAGAGGUUCCAAGCCUAAAUCAAACAUCCGCGACUCGGACAACAAAAAUAGCGGAUACAAAAUUAGAAAUGAAACUGGAAACCACGCGAGCGAAUUAGUAAUUACCAGCAACCUCGACUCGAAAAUCAAAGCAAUGGACUUCCAAAGUACUAUAGACGAGAGAUCUCAAGUUCAAAAUGUAGUUCCUGAAUUUCCAAAAGAAAAUAAAGAAUACGACGACAAUUGCGGGAUCAUCGCGUACACGGCGACCGAUUGUCACCCACACGUGCUGGACCUGCUCCUCCAUAACCUCGUCUUGACCGACGAACGAUUUAUGCCGAGUGUGGGCGCGUUGUCAGCUCACUGCGAGCUGCAGAGUCAGCGGCUUUCAGCUGACGAGCUGCCUCCUGGCGAGGCGUCAGCGCUACCCUGGACUUCACGCCUCCCUUGCCUCAGCCUCAGAGGCGUUCAAACCAAAGUGAUGCAACUGGACUGGCAACGUCCAGACGUGUCAUCGCUGCCUCACAGCGACGUGGUCCUGGCAACUGACGUCGUCUACGCACGUCAUCUGCUGGUACCGCUAGCUCGUCUCAUCAGUCAGCUUCUGACGAGGACGGAGUGUAAUUGCGAUGUGAUGUCGCCUCUGCCACCAGAAGAUGCAAGAUCUUGCUGUAACGGAAGCACAAAGGAGGCUUUCAUAGCUUGCACGAGGAGAGAUCCCGAAACUAUUCUGGAAUUUUUUGCUGCUUUGAAAGCUGAAAAUUUAUCUUACUCAAUUGUUUACCAAGCCACGCUGGACGCUGAGUCUGCCCUUUUUGUGUAUAAUGAGUCACAUGUGCCGGUCAAAAUUUACCGUAUAGUCGCUAAUGAGAGGAAGCUUGGGUAAAAAUUGAUAAUUUGUGGCAGAUAAUAAGAUCAUAUAAUGUCCACAAGUUUUGGAACGAUGAGAUUGCAAGAAGAGUUGGAAGCUUAGCAUCUUCUUGCGAUUUCAUCAUGGAAUUAAAUCUCUACUUUAUCAAUUGUUAUCAUGCAUUGAUUCAAUUCAAUGAUUUUCACUAGCACAAAAAUACUCCUAUAAUUUGCUGUUCUACAAAUUAAUUGUUAAAUAAUGCCCAUGUAAGUCAGCGGAAUCGAAGUAUAAGAGCUUUUGUCGGCAAAAAUGCAAUGCUAUAUUAUGGACACUGAUAAUUUUCUCACGAAAUACUAACAAAAGCGUACUUGUAUGAUGAGGUCAAGGCUUCGAAUAGAUAUAGUUUAAAAUGUUGUCGUUCGAUCAUUAUUCCUACGUUUCCGUAACUAUGUAUAAUUUUCAAAAAAUAAAUUUUCACAAAAAUCUAUGUUUCAACCGUAUAAUAAAUUGAGCUGAAACAUGACAUUGCAGUUUAUGAAAAAAAAUCUACAACAUUGGGGCUAUAA